AUGGAUGCCCGUCAGGUGUUGCAGAGCACCUUGUCGCCCGAUGCGGCGGAACGUACCAAUGCUGAGCAGCAGCUCGCCCAUGCGGCGGAGGUCGACUUCGCUACCUACCUUGUUACCCUAGGCCAGGAGCUGGCGAGCGAAGAGAGCCCUGCCCACAUCCGUGUUGCUGCCGGUAUCGCCUUGAAGAACGCUUUCACCUUCCGAGACCAGACCAAGCUCCGUGAAGUGCAGGCACGAUGGAUCCAACAAAUUACCCCCGAGACCAAGACACAGGUCAAGGAGCUCGCGCUCAAGACCUUGGCAUCCGAUACCCGAGCUGGGAAUGCUGCCGCUACGCUAAUUGUUUCGAUCGCCGCGAUCGAACUGCCCCGAAAUGAGUGGUCCGACCUCAUGAACAUCCUGGUCCAGAACGUGGCCAGUGGAAACGACAACCUGAAGCAGUCGUCUCUUGCCACUAUUGGAUUCAUUUGCGAGUCCCAAGAUGCCGACCUCCGCGCUAGCUUGACUGCGCACUCCAAUGCCAUCCUGACUGCCGUUGUUCAGGGUGCCCGGCGCGAGGAGCCGAACAUGGACGUUCGCUAUGCCGCUAUUGCUGCCCUUAGUGACGCCGUUGACUUUGUGCGAUCCAACAUGGAGAACGAGGGCGAGCGCAACUAUAUCAUGCAAGUGGUCUGCGAGGCCACCCAGGCCGAUGAGGUCCGCGUGCAGGCUGGUGCGUUCGGCUGCCUGAACCGUAUCAUGGGUGCAUACUAUGAGAAGAUGCGCUUCUACAUGGAGAAGGCUCUCUUUGGCCUCAGCAUCAUGGGUAUGAAGAGCGAGGAGGAGGAUGUCGCAAAGCUGGCCAUCGAGUUCUGGUGCACUGUUUGCGAGGAGGAGAUUGCUAUUGAGGACGACAAUGCCGAGGUCAGUCAUUUUCGCGCAAUGGGAUUCAGUCUUGGAACUGCCCAUGCUAACUUCUGUUUCUUUACCAAGGCUCAACAAGAAGGCGUUGAGGCUCGUCCGUUCUACGGAUUCGCUCGCGUGGCUGCUCGUGAAGUCAUCCCUGUCCUCUUGCAGGCCAUGUGCCGCCAGGAUGAGGAUGCUGAUGACAACGAGUACAACGUGUCGCGUGCUGCUUACCAGGCCCUCCAGCUGUACGCCCAGUGCGUGCAGGGUGAUGUUAUCCAACCCGUUGUCACUUUCGUCGAAGAGAACAUUCGCAACGAGGACUGGCGCCGCCGGGAUGCUGCUGUCGCUGCCUUUGGUGGUAUCAUGGAGGGCCCCGAGCCGACUGUGCUGGAGCCCCUGAUCAAGCAGGCUCUGCCCGUUCUUCUGGGUAUGAUGGAGGACGCUUCCGUCCAGGUUCGGGAUUCCACUGCCUACGCCCUGGGUCGCGUAUGCGACUGCUGCCCCGAGGUCCUGGACCCCGAUGUUCACCUGCAGCCCCUCAUUUCUUGCCUCUUCAAUGGCCUUGCCAGCAGCCCCAAGAUUGCCAGCUCUUGCUGCUGGGCUCUCAUGAACGUUGCCGACCGAUUUGCCGGUGAUGCCGGUUCCCAGACCAACCCUCUGUCCAAGCACUUCGAUGAGAGUGUCAAGUCUCUCAUGCAGGUGACUGAGAGACAGGAUGCCGAUAGCCAGCUCCGUACCGCUGGAUAUGAGGUUCUCAACUCCUUCGUCAUGAACUCUGCCAACGACAGUCUUCCCACCGUUGCCAGCCUGUCGGACCACAUUCUUGCACGUCUCGAGCAGACCGUCCCCAUGCAGCAGCAGGUUGUGAGCACGGAGGACCGUAUUCUCCUCGAGGAGAUGCAGACUAGCUUGAUCAGUGUCAUUCUAGCUAUCGUUCAACGAUUCGAACUCGAGAUCAAGCCUCAGGCCGACCGCAUCAUGCAGGUUCUGCUCAGCGUUCUGACGACUGUUGGCGCCAAGUCCAGUGUUCCCGAUGUUAUCUUCGCCACCGUUGGUGCCGUUGCCAGCGCUCUGGAUGAGGACUUUGCCAAGUACAUGGAGUCCUUCAGCCCCUUCCUGUACAAUGCUCUUGAGCACCAGGAGGAGGCUGGUCUGUGCUCCAUGGCCAUUGGCCUCGUCAGCGACAUUGCUCGCGCUCUGAACGACAAGGUCCAGCCUUUCUGUGACACUUUCAUGAACCUCCUCCUCAACAUCCUCCGAACUUCCACCAACCAGCUCAAGCCCGCUAUCUUGGAGACCUUCGGAGAUAUCGCUCAGGCCAUCGGAACCCCCCACUUCGAUAACUACCUGCCCGUCGUUGGUCAGGUUCUUCAGCAGGCCUCUUCCGUUACCACUAGCUCCGAUCUUCCUUAUGACAUGGUUGACUACAUCGUCUCUCUGCGUGAGGGUAUCAUGGAUGCUUGGGGUGGCAUUCUGCUCUCUUACAAGGGUAGCUCCCAGAUUACCCUAGUCCAGCCCUUCGUUGAGUCCAUCUUCCAGCUGCUCCACAUAAUUUCCCAAGAAGGCAACCGGUCUGAGGGCUUGAUGCGCUCUGCCAUGGGUGUGAUUGGUGAUCUCGCGGAUGCUUUCCCUAACGGUGAGCUCGCCACCUACUUCCGCCACGACUGGGUUACCACCCUGGUUCGGGAGACUCGCACCACCCGUCAGUACAGCGAUCGCACCAUUGAGACCGCUCGCUGGACCCGGGAGCAGGUCAAGCGCCAGAUCAACAUGAGCACCGGUAUGGCUUAA